UCAGAAAGCCAGCCAGUCUCCGGGACAUGGCCUUCCGUCGCCGCUCACGCCGCCCAAUCCUCUGCAGCUGGUUAAUAAUCCACUAGCAAGUCAGGCUGCAGCGGCUGCAGCAGCCAUGGGCUCCGUAGCAAGCUCACAGGCCUUUGGCAAUGCCCUCUCCAGUCUUCAGGGGGUCACGGGUCAACUAGUUACUAAUGCACAAGGACAGAUUAUUGGGACCAUACCUCUGAUGCCGAAUCCGGGACCAUCAAGCCAAGCAGCGAGCGGCACUCAGGGCCUGCAAGUUCAGCCCAUCACCCCCCAGCUCCUGACCAACGCCCAGGGCCAGAUCAUUGCCACGGUUAUCGGGAACCAGAUCCUGCCAGUGAUCAACACCCAGGGCAUCACGCUCUCACCCAUCAAGCCCGGCCAGCAGCUCCACCAACCCUCCCAGACGUCAGUGGGUCAAGCAGCCUCCCAAAGCAGCCUUCUGCACCUGGCUCACAGCCAAGCCUCCAUGUCUCAAAGCCCCGUCCGGCAGGCUUCCUCUUCUUCCUCCUCAUCCUCCUCUUCUUCAGCUUUGAGCGUGGGCCAGUUAGUCAGCAAUCCUCAAACGGCAGCGGGUGAGGUGGAUGGGGUUAAUCUGGAGGAGAUCCGAGAAUUUGCCAAAGCUUUUAAAAUCCGGCGCCUGUCCCUUGGCCUGACCCAGACUCAGGUGGGACAGGCUCUCAGUGCCACAGAGGGUCCCGCGUACAGCCAGUCGGCCAUCUGCAGACACACCAUCCUGAGAAGCCACUUUUUCCUACCACAGGAAGCCCAAGAGAACACUAUAGCUAGCAGUCUGACAGCCAAACUGAACCCUGGCCUUUUGUAUCCUGCCAGGUUUGAAAAGCUGGACAUCACCCCUAAAAGUGCCCAGAAGAUCAAGCCGGUGCUUGAGCGGUGGAUGGCUGAGGCUGAGGCCCGCCAUCGAGCAGGUAUGCAGAACCUGACCGAGUUUAUCGGGAGUGAACCGUCCAAAAAGCGCAAGCGGCGCACCUCCUUCACACCCCAGGCCCUUGAGAUCCUCAAUGCCCACUUUGAGAAGAACACACACCCCUCUGGGCAGGAAAUGACCGAAAUUGCCGAGAAGCUGAACUAUGACCGGGAGGUAGUUAGAGUUUGGUUCUGCAAUAAGAGGCAAGCCCUGAAGAACACAAUUAAACGCUUAAAACAGCACGAGCCGGCCACGGCCGUCCCUCUGGAGCCCUUAACAGACUCUCUGGAAGAAAACUCCUAAAGAGGCGCCCGCCCAGAAUCAGAAGCAAAACCCACAGAAAAGGAACUCCACCUUUGGACUCCACAAAUCAUAAUUGGUAAUAAUAAUUAAUAAUGAUAAUAAAUUGAAAAUAAAAUUGAAAAAGAGCCCUACUCAUCACCAUUGUAAG